AUUGUCAUACUUCUAGAUAAAACAAUUCUAAUGUACGCGUUGUAAAUUGUGAUGUACUAUAGACGUAAUGCUUAAUUUUACCUAUCUAAACCCCUAAAAAAUAGGCUAUGAUAUUGUAAUUGAACAAAUGACAAAAAAAAAAUGGAAAAAGACAAGCCAAAAUUUCUCAUUUAAAUUCACAUUAUUGCCUCCUAAUCCCUCACAUUCAAACACUCAAUCUUUGUUACCUAAUAACACUCUAAGCCCCUUAAUCAUGUCUACAUCCAAUACAUCUCCCAACAACAACAGACUCUAUGACUAUGAGCCUUUGCUACCCAACAAUCCAUCAUCAUGUUACCAACAAAAACAACAUGAAUUUGAUCAUAUAAUCUCACAAAAAACCCACUUCAUUCAUGCUCUUAAUGAAGCAAGAUCAAUCAUGAAACUCGCGUUUCCAUUAGUCUUAACCGGUCUUAUUCUUUACUCGCGCUCUAUGAUCUCAAUGCUCUUCCUCGGCCACAUUGGUGAUCUUGCCUUAGCGGGUGGUUCACUAGCAAUAGGGUUUGCUAAUAUAACCGGCUACUCCAUCCUCUCCGGCCUAGCCAUGGGAAUGGAACCGAUUUGUGCGCAAGCUUUCGGGGCUAAAAGAUAUAAACUUCUAGGCUUGAUGAUGCAAAAAACAAUCCUUUUACUCCUCUUGACUACAAUACCCAUCUCAAUUCUUUGGUUGAACAUGAAAAAAAUCCUACUCUUUUGUCACCAAGAUGAAAAUAUUGCUAAUGAGGCAUUUUCUUACACUCUUCUAUCCCUCCCUGAUCUCAUUGCUCAAUCAUUUCUACACCCAAUACGAAUAUACCUACGAUCUCAAUCUAUAACUCUUCCAUUAACAUAUUGUGCCGCACUAGCUAUCCUUCUCCACAUACCCAUCAACUAUCUCUUAGUUGUAUACCUUGAAUAUGGUGUAAAAGGGGUAGCUUUAAGUGGGGUUCUAACCAAUUUCAUCCUAGUAAUUACACUUAUCAUUUACAUUAUUCACUCAGGCAUUUCAACAAACACUUGGUGUGCAGUCUCAAUUGAAUGCAUAAAAGGAAUGCAAACCCUAACCAAUUUAGCAAUCCCAAGCUGUAUUUCAGUAUGCCUAGAAUGGUGGUGGUAUGAAAUUAUGAUUUUACUCUGUGGGUUGUUAUCAAAUCCUCAAGCUACAGUAGCAUCAAUGGGAAUUUUGAUCCAAACCACAUCAUUAAUCUACAUUUUCCCAUCUUCCUUAAGUUUAAGUGUAUCAACAAGAGUAGGACAUGAACUAGGUGCAAACCAACCAAAAAAAGCCAAAAUUGUCACAAUUAUAGGCCUGAUUUUUAGCUUUAUUAUAGGAUUUUCUGCUCUGUUUUUCACAGUUAUGGUGAGAAAGAUAUGGGCAAGUUAUUUCACAAAUGAUGGGGAGAUAAUAACAUUAACUUGUGCAGUUUUACCAAUAAUUGGGCUUUGUGAGCUUGGUAAUAGCCCACAAACAACAGGAUGUGGGGUGUUAAGAGGGCUUGCUAGGCCCAAAUUAGGGGCUACUGUUAAUCUAGGAAGUUUUUAUUUGGUGGGCAUGCCCAUGGCUUUAUGGUUUGGGUUUAGUUUGGGCUUUGGGUUUAAGGGUUUAUGGCUUGGGCUUCUUUCGGCCCAAGUAACAUGUGUGAUCGCGAUGUUGCUCGUCUUGGUUCGUACUAAUUGGAAGGUUCAUGCCCAACGGGCUCAGGAGUUAACCCAAGAUGUGGAUAAUUUUGGGUGCGACGUUUGUGAUUAUGCAAUAGAUUUUACGGUAAGUCUUGAAUGACUGUCUUACUAUGAGACGAUCUCAUAUAAUUAGCUUAUUAAAAUUAGGCAAUUAUAUGUUGCAUUGAUUAUUUUAUGAGUGGGAUAUAUUACAUUGCAUGAUAUG